AAAACCUGCCUGAACCCCAGUGGAGAAGUUUCCCAAGGAGAAACGCUCUCACCUUCCAGAUUUACAGACUCACAUCGAAAUUUCUGGAGGAUUUCUGAGGAAUACUGGGCUGCUUUAGGGCUUCUCCAGCCCUUGGGGAUUAUUCAUCCCCAGGCACGGUGGUCGGCAGCUCCAUCCUCGGGAUAUUUCUCUCCCAAAAGUUCAACCCGGGCUUGUUUUGGGGUUUUGUUUCGCGUCCCGGAGCUCAGCCCGCCCUCCCCGCGCAGGAGGGGCAGGACUUGCCCUGAUCCCACCGGGAGCGCUCCGGGCACAGCCGCGCCUGGCGGGCACAGGCGGGAGGAGCCAGCAGCGCGCCCGGCCGCGAAUCACAGACUCACAGAAUGAACCAAGCUGGAAAAGGCCUUUGAUGUCAUGAAGUCCAACCUGUGACCCAACACCUCCCAUCAACCAAACCACUGAGGAGUUGGACUCGAUCCCUGUGGGUCCCUUCCAACUCACAGGUGGGGCAGGAUGCGGCCCCUGGACCGCGCCCGGUGCUGGGCGCUGCUGCUGCUGCUGGCGCUGCUCAGCGACGCCGCCGGCGGCCGCCGCGGGGCCGGCGGGAGGAGCGCCGGGGCCGGGGGGCUCCGCGGGGGCUUCCGCGCCGUGUCCCGCGGCGGGGGCGCCCCGGGCCGCGGCUCCAAGGUGGCCGGAGCCAUCGCUGCCGGCGCGGCCGCGGGCUACGGGAUGGGGCUGCUGGGUCGCCCGCGGCCGUCCCGCCUGGGUCACGGCGUCCCGGCGGCGCGACAGCCGCAGCCCGCGGGAGGAUUCCACGCCGGGGGCUGGCCCGACCUGGGGGGCAAGCGGGGACCCCCCAGUGCAGCCCCCGGGGAGCGGAGAGCCGGCCCGGGGCUCGCCCUGCUGCUGGCGUGGGGCGCCUGCCUCGUCAGCCACGGGCUGCAGCGCUGAGGGGGCGCUCCGGGACCCCCGGGCGGCCGCGCCCGCCCGGAGCUCGGAGAGGAUUGACUUUCCUGCGAGAUUGGAUGUGGCUUGGGGAGGUGGGAGAGGCGCUCUCGGCCGGCUCGGUGCUCACCGGGAGCCGGGUGGAUCCUGCGGAUCGUCCCCGGGACAGGACCUGCGUGAGCGGAGCCAGCCCUGCAAGGACCUGCGGGGAUCGGCAGCGACCACGGAGCGGCCCCGGCGGCGCUCGGCUCUGGGUUCCCGCUGCACGGCUUUACCGAAAAAAGCUCCUUUCCCCCCAGAAGAGCGCUGGGACUCGCGGGGAGGGGGGUGCGGGGCUUGGAGACGGAGCCCUCUGCCUUGCAAUAAAGUUUGGCCUUGAGACAUCCUCUGAUUUUAACCAAAUCCAUCGUCUUUAGCACCGGGAGCCGCACAGGGAACGGGAAUCUCCCGGGGAGGCUGCCUGGGUGCAAACCCUGCUCGGCCCCGUCUCUCUGGCUUUGAUAAAAUCCAUCCCAGUCCUUGAUAUCCCAACCUGCAGCAUUCCCUGCCCAAAACACCCCCAGCGGUUGGACCCAGCCUCUCUCUCAGGUGCUCUGUGUUUGUCAGAGAGGAGGCAA